CCCUCGUGACAACAUCUCUCUUUCCUUUUUUUUGUGCGCACACGAAAAUGUAGAUAGCAGAUCGUAGAUCACAGUGAAAAUCGCUAUAAUUUCGUGUUGUUUUUUUCCUUUAUUAAUCUCUAAAAGCCUAAUUUCCUUUUUGGCCCCUUUUGUAAACCCUAAUCUUGAAUACCCUAAAUCUUUACAAAAUCGGUUAUUAUUUUAAUAUUUAAGUUUUGUCUAAUUGGAGGCGAAUUAAAAACUCAUUGAUGGGAUUUACUUAGUUGUUGUUGUUACUGCGUUUGCUAGUUUGUUUUAAGACUUUUGAGCUGAGUUGACUAGCGCGUUGACUCAAUAAAGAAUAAAUUUUAAAAUUUUCAUUGGAGUUAUUUGGGGUUGAAUUUGGAGAAUGCGAUGAUGGAGGGGAAUGACGGAAUUGGUUGUUUAGAAAAUUCGAGUACCAGCGAGGGAAAGCCACCGAAUCCUCGCACGUCGUCGUAUAGGCAGCAGUGUCCGACCAAUGAUGGUGGUUUGAAGCCUUGUAAGAAGUCCCUCGUUCGACACCCGUCUCUUCAGGUGAAGUCAAAGGCAUCGGAUAUUGCUGGUGAAAAUGGACAUGUUGCAGAAAAUCAUGGUGCUGAGUUCACCCCUAUUGUCCGCUCUGGAGCAUGGGCUGACAUAGGGUUUAGAACAAGCAUGGAAGAUGUAUAUUUGUGUCUUGAUGAUUUUAUGCAUUAUUACGGGCUCAAGAAUUUUGUUGAUGGGCCCAAUGCCUUUUAUGGGGUGUUUGAUGGACAUGGAGGGAAGCAUGCUGCUAACUUUGCUUGCUCUCAUUUGCCAAUGUUCAUUGUUAAGGAUAAAGACUUUCCUGGAAAGGUUGAGAGGGUUGUUGCUUCUGCAUUUCUGCAAACUGAUGCUGCUUUUGCAAAAGCUUGUGCACUGGAUUCGGCCCUUCCUUCUGGUACCACUGCAUUGGCAGCUCUUGUUCUUGGGAGAAUGUUGGUUGUCGCAAAUGCUGGGGAUUGUCGAGCAGUUUUAUGUCGUCGUGGUAAAGCAAUUGAAAUGUCAAGAGAUCACAAACCCAUUUGCAAUAGAGAGAGAAAGCGCAUUGAGGCAUCUGGAGGUUAUGUAUAUGACGGUUACCUCAAUGGGCAACUUAAUGUGGCUCGUGCUUUAGGAGAUUGGCACAUGGAAGGAAUGAAAGGUGCAAAUGGUGGACCGCUGACUGCAGAGCCUGAGCUUAUGACUGAAGAUCUAACAGAGGAGGAUGAAUUCCUUAUCAUAGGAUGUGAUGGGCUUUGGGAUGUUUUUCUGAGCCAAAAUGCUGUUGAUUUUGCUAGACGGAGGCUUCAGGAGCACAAUGAUCCCGUCAUGUGCAGUAAGGAUCUGGUUGAUGAAGCUUUGAAGAGGAAAAGUGGGGAUAACUUGGCUGUUGUUGUUGUUUGCUUUCAAUCCCAUCCACCCCCUAACUUGGUUGUCCCUCGUGAAAGAGUGCGGAGGAGCUUUUCUGCUGAGGGUUUGAUGGAGUUGCAAAGCUUCUUGAAUAGUUUGGGAAACUGAUAUGGUGACGAAUGCUUACUGUUUUUUCUUCAUUUCUUUUUUUAUCCCUUCCAACGAAGUAGUUAAAUUGUAGUUUUAGUUAUUGAGAAUGAGUUUCAACUGUAACAUACGUAGCGGCAAGUCGUUCCACAUAAUUUGUUGUUUCCCAAGUAGGAGGAGCUUAAUUCAUCUUUGUUUUGGCCUUUGUUAGGCACUUAAUUCAAACCAAAAUUAUUCACUUCUAUGUUGCAUGUCUUUAGGUCUACUUUCCUGGUGGAAAUGGAGCUGGCAUUGCUCCAUUUUUCCCACAAGUUGUCCCACUUGGUUGCUUAAGUUGGUCAACGUUUAAAUGUUCGAGUUUCCCGAUUGCAGCCCUUGCCAAAACUUCUUCAUCAUCUUCUAUUUUUUCACGACAAGACAUGGAGAAAACUUCGAAAGAUGAGCUAUUUCUCCAUUAUGUAGAACUUUGCAUCACCACUCUCCAUUUGUGCUGCGGUAUGCAACGAAUUUUAACAAAAACAAGGGCCACGGAAGGCUAAAAAGCUUUCUAUAAUGCUUUAAUGCAAAGAACUAAGCAAUGUGCCAGAUUUUUGCUGUUGGUUGGGAGGAGAUACGUAAUAUGUUGGAUGACAUUUAUAUAGAUUCAGAAGCGCAAACACACAAAAAAAAAAAAAAAAACUGGUAAAAAUAAUGACAUGUGGAAUUCAUUGUAGCCCAUAUCGAGAUAAUAGUAUCUAGUGGCCACAAUGAUAAGGUUUCCUUGGACGAAAUAUGUUGCUAUAGCUAGUAAAUUAUACUAUGUAUUAUGAUUUCUUUUACUGUC